GCCCAACACCCGCCUGCCAGCCCACACCUGGGACACGAGUGGCUUCGUUAAGUAGGCUAGGGUUCCUCUGUUGAGGGUGUCGAUAAACUUGUAACCUGGCGGCGGCUCUCUCUCCCGAUCCCCUUUCUCUCUAGACACUCUGUAUCCCCAAAUUCAUGUAAUUCGAACCAGAAUCUUACCUCGCCACAAGCGUAACAAGUGGUAUUCAGAGCGUUCUUCCCAUCCCGUUUCCGAAAUCCCUAGCCACGAUCUGGCGGGCCGGUUCCUUCCAUUAUCCAGACCAGGAAAGGCAAGGCGGCGACCAUGGAAGAGCACACCAAGGCCUUGGCCGAGCUGACGGCGGCCAUCUCGACGCUCACGAGCAAGAUCGACGAGAUCCACCCCGUGGUUCUGGAGCUGCAAGGGUGGAAGCCGACAAUCGAGCGGUCUGUGGAGGUCUUGCGGGCGGAAGUGGGUGAUUUGCGCUCGCAUCUGGUGCAAGCGGCGCCGGAGGCGGCUCAGGUGGCUCCAGGGGCGGGCAAGGCGAAGGAGGUGUUGCAGCCGAUCCGGCUGACUGAUCUGCCUCCCCUGCUUCCUGCGGCGGCCAACGCGCUGCGCGCCACCAUCGCCGAGUCAUCUUGGGCUCGCGGUGACCACGGUCACGGGCAUCCAGGCCACGGCAUCAACAUCACUAACCGGGGGACGUCUCCGGGUGAUCGUAUCCAGGGGCCACCUCCGGUCACUGUAACCCUCGGCCCUGGCGGCUGAAGUGUGAGGCCUAUUUCCGUGUCUGCACUCUCUCCCCAGACACCUGGGUGAGCUGCGCUGCGAUGUACUUCACGGAUGGGGCACUGUCUUGGCUUCAAUCCACAGAAGCACAUCUUGUUUACACCAGUUGGACUGAUUUUGCUGCCGCAGUAUGCGCAUAGUUCGGUCGGGAGGAAUUCCAGAACCUCUUGCGCCAAUUCAAUGGUCUCAAACAAACCACAUCUGUGGUGGACUAUGCUGACAAAUUCACCCAACUUAUGCACAAUCUUACUGCUCAUCAUAUGUCCUGGGAACCUGCAUUUUUUAUCACCCAUUUUUUUGAUGGUUUACUUAAGGAAAUCCGAGCAGCAGUGUUGCUGCAUCGGCCUCAAACUCUCGAUACUGCCGUGGAUUUGGCUUGUUUGCAGGAGGAAGUUUUGGAGACCAUGAAGCGGGACGAUCGGCGUGGGCCAAGUGGAUCGAGCUCACGCUCUAUUCCGCGCACGGCGCUGCCCCUGCCACUACCACCGCUACCCCGGCUGGUAGCGGGUGCGGGAGCUGAUGCUCGGGCUGAGGAUCGUCGCGCCACGGAAGCUGCGCGUGCCCCGGCCGUCGAAGACAAAAUGGCCACUCUUCGUGCUUACCGCAGGGCCAAGGGGCUCUGUUUUACCUGCGGUGAACGCUGGAGUAGAGAUCACCGUUGCGGGCCAACUGUCCAGUUACAUGUGGUGGAGGAGAUGCUUGAAAUGAUGCAAUCUUCUGAGUCUGACACGGGGGAUGAUCUGGGUGGUGAGCGGACAGCUGAUUGUUGUGUGCUCUCAAGAGAGGCUUUUGAAGGGGGUGAGUCGCCUACCACAAUGCGUCUCCAUGGAUGGGUGCAGGACAGGGAAGUUCUUAUGCUUGUGGAUUCAGGGUCCUCGCACAGUUUUGUCAGCGCUGCCCUGGCUGUUCACCUGCAAGGGGCACAAGCUUCUCGUUACCCACUCUCGGUCAGAGUUGCGAAUGGGGGACAAAUGCGCAGUGUCCAGGAAAUCCCUGACUGUCCUUGGCAGACUCAGGGGGUUGGUUUCCACACCAGCUUCAAAAUCAGUCGGCCCCUCCAAUUCUAGAAGCCAUUGCAGGGCUCGUGGAAUAGUAUUCAGUGGUGUUUGAAGAACCCCAAGGUUUGCCACCCAGGAGGUCUUUCGACCAUGCCAUACCGCUGGUCCCGUAGCCAAACCAGUAAACCUGCGACCGUACCGACACAGUCCGGCACAGAAAGAUGAGGUGGAGAGACAGGUAGCAGCUAUGUUGGCACAAGGCAUCAUACAGCCCAGCACGAGUCCUUUCGCCUCACCCAUUCUAUUGGUACAGAAGAAGGAUUUAACUUGGAGGCUUUGUGUUGAUUAUCGCCACCUCAAUGCGAUUACCGUCAAGAAUCGUUAUCCCUUGCCGAUCAUUGAGGAGCUUCUGGACGAGUUGGCCGGCUCUCGCCUGUUCACCAGUUUGGAUCUCCGAGCCGGUUACCAUCAGAUACGCAUGAGGCCAGAAGAUGAAUAUAAAACAGCAUUUAAAACGCAUCAUGGGCACUUUGAAUUUAAGGUGAUGCCA